AUGUCCGAUCCGUCGCUGGGUGCCUCGGAUGGCAAUAUGCCCAACAAGCGCAAGCGUGAAAGCACUGAUAGCACAGGUCCGGAUGCUCAGCGUCUGAACCGUUCUUCCAACGGAAGCAACGGCGCUAUUCCCGGUCCCGAUGCCCAAGCAAACUUCGCUCAUAGUUCUCUUGGCUCUUAUGAUCAUCAUGGGCUUCCAAACACUGCUUCUGAACUCAACAUAGACCAGCAGAUUCUACAGCAUGUCGGCCCCCAGAAUGGCAUCUCAGAUGACAAUGCCCUGACCGCUAAAGCUGCCCUGGCCGCCCACAAUCCUCAGAACAAAUAUCCUCCGCCACCAGAUACGGCUUUUGAUAAUAAUCUUACGCAUGGGUUGUCAUUUGGAGAUGAGAUGGGCCAAGCUAUUGGCUCCGCCCAUGGGCACAAUUCCACCGCUGCGGCAGUAUAUGCGGCGCGCGAAGCCCAAAGCAUGAACCAGAAGCCCUCCGUUGGCUCUCCGGAAUGGCAUCAGAUCCGGAAGAACAAUCACAAAGAGGUGGAACGUCGCCGUCGUGAGGCGAUCAAUGAGGGAAUCAAUCAAAUCGCUCGUCUUGUUCCGAACUGUGACAAGAACAAAGGUGCCAUCUUGCAGCGUGCGAUUGAAUACAUCUGUCAAUUGCAUGAUGAAAAGAAAGCCAUGAGCGAACGAUGGGAACAAAAUAAUAUGACGACAAGUCAUGCCAUCAAUGAGAUCAGUUCGCAGAACUCAAAGUUAAAGGUGGAGGUGAAUCGUCGAGGGGACAUCGCCAUGAAGUGGCUGCAGCGCUGCCGUGAUGCUGGCCUAGAAUUCGACGACUAUGAAGAAUCAAAGGAACUGGAACCUCUCGAGGUUGACCAGGGCCAGGUCUGA